ACUUGCCCUUAGUGACAAUUAUCCGUAAAGAAACGUAGCUAUUACUUUAUUUGAUAUCGAUAGUCGAUAUCAACUUAUGCACAAAAUACCGUUGAUGGGGGGUGUUUACGUUCUUGACGCGACAACACAUAUCAAAUUUAUAAUUUUCUUCUGCUUGAUUUUCACAAUCCCAGGUGAAAAAGAUGUUAGCAAGCGAGGAUGCUGAUCCCAAUGAAGAUUUCCAAUUACUGCUACACAAAAUAUCCGAGCAAGAAGAUGACAUAAAUUCCAAUUUGGAUAGUUUACUAUCCAAGCAGUCACUUAUCGAGUCAAAAAUGAGUGCGUUUGGCCAUUUUCUUGGUUCCUUAAAUUCCGUGGACGCAGAUACCAAAAAGUUAAGUCUACAAAUUUCUCAUACCGCUAAUUUAGCUGAAUCUGUAAGUGCUAAGGUGCGUUGUGUAGACUUGGCUAGAAGCCGCGCAUCUGAAUGCCAGCAACGUGUACAUGAUUUAAUAGAUUUGCAACUUUGUAGCCACGGUGUACUAAAAGCAAUAGAUGAGGAAGACUAUGAAAAGGGAUCAGCUCUGAUUGGUCGUUUUUUAUCAAUAGACCAGAAUGUUUUACAACGGACAGCUGGUGAUGUCGGCUCAAGUGGUUCUGUUACAUCUGUAAGCGAUGCUGUUCAUACACUAGAAAACGCCACUGCAAAAAUGCGAAAGCUUGUAGAGCAACGCUUCGACGAAGCUGUCAACAAAGAUGACUUGGCUUCAGUGGAGCGAUUUUUGAAAUUAUUUCCUUUAUUAGGGAUGCAUUACGAUGGCAUCGAAAAAUUUGGCAAAUACAUUUGCAUGAAAUUGGCUAUUAAAUCAGAAAAGGAAGUACGCACUUCACUGGAUAUAGCAAAGGCAGAGAACCGUUUGCCAGUAGCGUUUGCCGAUACUUUAACGUCUUUAUUAGAGAAUUUCGCCCGUGUAAUUGAAGUAAAUAAGCCCAUCAUAGAGGCCUAUUAUGGGUCCGGCUAUCUCAUAACUUUAGCGAUAUUAUUACAAAAUGAAUGCGACUCAGAGGUUAAGAACGUUGUUUUGGAAUUUAAUAAAAAUAGGCGAACACAUGAUAUAAUUCAACAAAUCAACGACUACAAUCGUUCCACAGGCGGUAGUAUGCCAUCGCUUAGUCAAUAUCAAAAGCAAUAUGUUAGCAUGGAAAAACCUCAACUAAAGGACAUUGACCCAAUCAUUGUAGAACUAACAAUCAUGCACUCUCGUGUAGAAUUGUACUUCAGAUUUUUAAGGCGUAAGGUGAAGUUAGACAUCGACGCCAGUAACACAGAAGAAAUUGAGAAAGAACGCCAAACACAACGUUUAACAUCGCUUUUAAACAAUUCAGAUCUUAGUCGUCAAAUGCAGGAACUACUCAGCACAUAUCUGCUACUCGAGAGACAUUUUAUGGAAGAAAGCGUAUAUAAAGCAAUAGCUUUGGACACUUUUGAAGUUGGUCAACAAUGUUCAUCUAUGGUGGAUGAUGUUUUUUAUAUUUUACGAAAAUGUAUUCGCCGGUCGCUAACAACGCAAUCAGUAAACGGGCUAUGCGCAGUGAUCAACAAUGCUGCUUCCUGCUUAUACAAUUUUAUAAAUGCUUUGAAAAUUCCACUUAAGAAUGGAUAUCCUUCCGGCUACACAGAUUUAGCUUAUAGCGCCAUCCAAAGUGCAGUACAGCAUGGGAAAUUGCAAUCCAGUGACAGUGAAAAGGCCCGCACCAACUUUAUUAACCGCUUAAAUAAUGCUGAUAUGUCGACCGAAUAUCUUGAAACCUUAUGGGAAACCAUAGAGCAAGAUAUCAAAAACUCAUUUCCAUCGAUUUCAGCUACCGAGCGACGUAUUGUAGACAGUUGCAUAUCAGAAUUGAGAACCGUAAGAGAUACCUUAAAAGCCUGUGUAAAUUUUGGUAUGACCCAAUUAAGAUCGAGUGCAAUUAAACCUCGCCUAAAUCCCUGGGUUGACCAAUUUCUCAACUACAGUCACAUUCUGUCCGAAGAAGAACUGGCUGACUACGAGGCAGGCGAAACAUAUAUUCAAACUCUUAUUGUGCAGCUGGAUGGUUUCUUAAGCCAAUUCAAAAAUGUGCUUACGCCAAGGAAUUUUGAUGCUUUUGUUAGUAUAUUAGCUGCAGAUACUACUUCGAGACUGGAAAGAGUAAUAAAGAAGACGUCUUUUAAUCGACUCGGAGGUCUCAUUCUCGAUCAGGAAAUUCGUGCACUUAGUUCAUAUUUAACUGGUGUAACAUCAUGGUCAGUACGCGACAAAAUGACACGAUUGACGCAGAUAGCAACAAUAUUAAAUUUAGAGAAGGUUGACGAACUUUCUGAUUACUGGAGUCCAGAAAAUGGAAAUGAAACCCCUUCGUGGCGUUUAACGGCCCAAGAAGUGAGGACAUUGUUAGCAUUACGCACUGAUUUUCGUAUGGAUGAGAUCAAGCGCGUAAAAUUGUAAUUAUUGUAACGAAUGGAAUACGACCAUCAUACUAUGUACAAAGACAAAUGCGAAUUUUACUUCCUUCCAACUUCAAAUUUGACAUCAAGACGCGCCGAAAGUUGCGUAUUAUCCGUUUGGAAAGCGCUUUUGCUAUGUGCCACUUUAACUCCACCAUCAACAGUCGUUUUACUAUCGUGACUACGCCAUAGAUUCGCAAGGGCCUCCAGAGCUAUUUCUGUUUUGCGUUGUUGAUUAUUAUGAUCAGCGGAUAAUGUUAUGUCAAAUUGACGUCGAAAUCGUU